UACGCGAUGGUGCCACAGUAUGGCAGGCGAAGAGUACGCGCGGAUAUAUUCCUGGGGCAAUGAUCCCAACAGGAAGGUGAGUGGCCCUGCAAAAAAGUGUGCAAUAAUUAAUGAUAGCAGGGAGACUAUGAAAGAGCGAGUCCCUGUUCGCCAGUCGAUCUCCCCCAGACGCUGCUGGAGCCCAUUCUCGUCCGGCACGCAACACACCAGGGCUUCACCACCAGGUUCGACACCUCGCUGGUGUCCUUCGUCCACGACGAUCAGCAGCGCAUUGUCGCGACUGUCCGCGAUAAUCUGUCUCAAGGCGAGUACUGCAUCAGGACUAAAUAUCUGUUUGGCGCCGACGGGGCACGCAGUCAGAUUGUCAAGCAACUGAACCUGCCUCUGGCCGUGAAGCCAGGACAGGGCCUCGCAAUCAACGUCCUGGUCAGGGCGGAUCUCUCACAUCUGGUGGCGUACCGCAAGGGGAACCUGCACUGGGUCAUGCAGCCGGACCGUGAGCAUCCUGCGUUUGGGUGGAUGGCCAUCGUCCGCAUGGUCAGGCCGUGGGACGAGUGGAUGUUUAUCCUGUUCCCAACUAGAGACUACGACCCAGCGAAGACCCCUGCCCCAUCUAACGAGGACUAUCUACACCGAGUUAAGCAGCUUAUCGGCGAUAGCACACCAGCCGAGAUCAUCAACGUCUCCAAGUGGUACAUCAACGAGAUCGUGGCCGAGAAGUACUCCGACGGCAACGUCUUCUGCCUUGGAGACGCCGUGCACCGCCACCCACCGCUCAAUGGGCUGGGAUCGAACACUUGUAUCCAGGAUGCGUUCAAUCUCGCAUGGAAGGUCGCAUACGUCCACCAUGGAAUUGCCGGCCCAUCGCUGCUCUCAACAUACUCCGCAGAGCGCCAGCCUGUGGGCCAUAGCAUCAUCACUCGUGCCAACCAGGCGCUCAGGGACCACCACCCCAUCUGGGAGUCACUCGGCAUGCUGGAAGCAUCCCUCGAAGAGCGAAAGCGCUCGCUAGCCGAGCUUAAAGCGCCGAAUGCGAAUGGUCGGGAGCGUCGUCGGACACUGCAAAGGGCCGUCUCCGAAACCAGCCAUGAGUUUCACGGCCUAGGCAUUGAGAUGAACCAGCGGUACUCGAGCACUGGAAUCUACAAAGUAGACGAGACAAAACCUUUUGUAUUGCCUGGCCGAUCGGCGGAGGAUCCAGUAUUGUAUUAUGAGCCAAGUACCUACCCCGGGCGUCGGCUGCCGCAUGUAUGGCUUAACAAGGCUAUUCCUGUUAAGCCAGUAUCAACAAUCGACCUGGCGGGACGAGGUGCAUUCACGCUGUUCACUGGUGCCGGUGGGGAUUAUUGGAAGGAGGCAGCCAGCCAAGUGAGUGUCAAGUUCGGAGUCGCUCUACACGCCUACUCAAUAGGGUUCCACCAAGACUGGCACGAUUCGUACUUUGAAUGGGAACGUCUGCGUGGAGUAGACGACAGCGGCGCAGUUCUGGUCCGUCCGGAUCGAUUCGUGGCGUGGAGAGCAAAGGAGGUACUGAAUAGUGUUGAAGCCUGCGAGGAGAAGCUGUCAGAGGUUGUGACAACUGUGUUGUGUAUUGAGUGAUGUAGAGAUAAAGAUACCGUUCUAUAUAUUGUCUGAUUACACUGCCGGCAUAUCCUGUAUGUCCAGCGAUGCCUCGCCCAAAGGUUCCAUUUCCCACAUCCGGUUAAAGUCAAGAGACGGUGUAUUCGUACCAAACAGGAACAUUGGGUCGACAAGAGUAGCGGAGAUCAACUGGCUAGGC